GCCUAGACCUAGCCUACCACUACUGGGCCUCUAAAAAUGCCAACUUUGUCUUCUUCUGCUUGGCCUUGAGUACCCGGCACAUCUACUGCUACUGGGUGCGGUACCGGCCUACCUGCUACUUGAGUGUUUUUUCCGCUGCUCUAAGUGCCGCGGGCCUCUGGCUCCACUACUUGAGUGUUUUCCCUGCUGCAACCCUCAAUAUCACGGCCACAGCAGUGUGCGUGCUCUUGCAGCUGUGAAGUUUAUCAGGAGGCGCAAACUGUAGCUGGAGCUGUACUACUUUUCAGGGCACAGCGAUGGCAUGCAUAGCCAGGAUGACCAGCAUGCGAGAAAUGCCCGUGCAUUGUUAUCGACUGAAUCCGAUCUCUUGUGCGGACACUCGGGAAUGGUCUUCCUACGGGGGAGGUACGGAAAGAUGGCAGUCGCGGUCAUACGAUGCUAAUGCUUGUCACGUAGUUGAGGGUUGCAGAGGUUUCAAGACCCUUACCCCAAAUGUGUACCCUCAUUUCACUCAGUCUGGACACCGAGUGCAGCUGAAUGGUGGUGGCAAGCUGAAGAGCGAGUGGAGACCCUUCUUUGGGUGCAGUGAGCGAAGGCUGGAAACAGAUGUGCGCCCUUGUCCUUCAGCCUCUUCGAGGAGGAACAAUUCUCUCGGAGAGGGGGAAGUACAAAGAGUUGCUGGCCCGAUACGCUUGGUAGUUUGCGAUGACCGAGGGGAUGAUAUAAGGGGGCACUCUCGAAGGUUCUAUGCCACCACCAGCAGCACCACUGGUGCAUGCAGCUCUGCUGAACGGUGGGCGUUCCUUGGAAGGAGGGACAAGGGAGGUAGUCGUCGGCAUCAAUGUUUACGGGCAUUGCCUUUCCCAAACCCUCAGUCAAAGAAUGGCAUGCACUUUCCUUUGUCUUUGACUUGCUGUGCAAGAAGGCUCGAGCACGUGACUUCUGUCGGUGCCGUCACUGGUUGCGAGGAGUCGGUGGGCUUGGAGAGAGCUGAUGGGCCUGAGGAGUCUGGGGAUAAGCUCAGUUCCUGUGGAGAGGCAGGGGUUUGGAGCAUCGUCAUCCCCACUUAUAAUCGACUGCCCAUCCUCACCAAGUGUCUUUGUGCACUGGAGCAUCAAGUCGAUGCCACUGAGCAUGGUAUUAAGUCGGAGCCCUUCAAAAUUAGCGACUUUUCUGCUGCGUUCUUCGCUACCGGGAACGUGGCGAUCUCUCGCCGCCGACUCCUGGAUGCUUCCGACGCUCUUCCAACCUCUACAAACAGCAGCUGUGGCCCUUUUGACACCUCUUUCAGUGAGUACGGAUGGGAAGACCUAGAACUUGGCGAACGACUCCGGCAAAACGGCGCAAAGCUACGGGCUUGCCCUGAGGCUGUUGGUUACCAUUGGCACCCCCCCUUCGAUGUCUCUCAGCUUCCUUCACUUAUCGAGCAAGAGAGGCAAAGAGGGAGGAAUGGCGUACAAUUCUAUCGGAAACAUCCCAACUUGAAUGUCCGAUUGAUGAUCCAGAUGACCUUGUUCCAUCAGGCCAUCUGGUUUAUACUCACCAUAGGUGGGUUGAUAAAUGAAAGGACAACGGCACCCCUAUUGCAUUUUUUGGUCAAUGUGGGGAUGCCUCGUCUUGCAGCAGCGUUGGCAAGCCCAAUUUUGAACUGGCACACUGUGCAAGCUGUGCGGCAAGAGGUCAGAAGAAUAAAGCAAGCAGGGGGUAGGUUGUGAAGCACGAUGGAUGUUACGCUGUCGUCUCUCAGCCACUGUUUUGUCAGGAGUUCAUAACAAUAAUAUGGUUGGAGGUCCUUUCCAACUUCAUGUCACACAGUCACAGUUCGCAAAUCGUGUAGAAAUUAAUGCCUUUAUUCUUCAGAAUCUUUCGAGGUAUGUUUACCGACCGUAUCUGUCUUUAUUGUAUUGAUGUAUGGCAUACGAAGGAAGUUGCUUGUUUUUCGUACUUUCUCGUUUUCGCUGGGAUGUCCUUGCUUCUCCUUGUGGCUGGGAUAAUUGUCGGUCAAGCAGGUCAGGUAAGAAGUUAACCACUACUCACUGAUAAUGUAGUCGUUGGAAGAAAGGAAUGAAUCGCAAAAAAAAGA